CGAAAGAAAUGCGGGCUCAGUCUGGAGAGCCGACACCGCGCGCACUAGGAGGGGAUUCAAGAUGCCUCCUAAGAAGAAGCCGAAGGUCGACAUUGACAAACAUUCAAAAACUGCAAAAAGAGAGGAGAGUGCCAAACCAAGCAAGACUCCAAAAAAAGAAGUGCAAUACUCAAGAUGGCUUAUGAAAUCUGAACCUGAAAGCAGAUUUGAGAAAGGAGUAGAUGUAAAGUUUGGCAUUGAGGACUUAAAGAAAGAACCAAAUCAAACUGCCUGUUGGGAUGGUGUGAGAAAUUACCAGGCUCGAAAUUUUAUGCGAGAUCAAAUGAAGAGUGGUCACCUUGCAUUCUUUUAUCACAGUAACUGUAAAAACCCUGGCAUAGCUGCAAUUGUGGAGAUUGUCAAAGAAAGUUAUGUGGAUUAUACACAAUUUGAUAAAGCAGAUCCUCAUUAUGACCCGAAUUCUAAGAAAGAGAACCCCAAAUGGUUCAUGGUGGAUGUAAAGUUUGUCCGUAUGAUGAAACGCUUUAUUUCUCUACAAGAACUGAAAGCUCUUCAUCAAGAACACAAGGCAACCAAUGGUCCAUUAAAGUCAGUGGCACUCUUCACUUCAGCCCGACUAUCAGUUCAACCUGUUACUGAAGAUGAAUUUGAAUACAUUUGUAGUUUGGAGGACAAACCAGUGGGUGAUGCCAGUUGUGGAAAAUUAAUUUAAUUAAUUAAAUUAAUGCUCUUUCACCCUACUGGGAAUUUUUCAAAUGUAAGUUAAAUUUAGGACACUCUCACGAAGAAAAAUGUUCCUGUUCCAGAGGUUAUUAUUCCUGAGUUACUUGGGUUAUUUUGGUUAAUUCAGCUGAAUUUAAGUACCUUAACACUAAAUUUUGUGGGGUUGUUGUAUGUUAAUUUUUACAUGGAAUAACUAUUCAUCUAAUCCUGCUGUUCUAAAACUGCAAUUAUGACUUGUGUUCCAUGGUAUAUGAAAAAAAAAACAUGCUGUCUAUUGCUUUUGUAAAUUUUUAUUAAAUAAAUUCAAUUUUUGUAGAAAAAAAAUAACUUCUUAAAUACCAAACAAGCUGCAUACAACCUGUCCCAAGUGUGACUAGAACUACAUAAUUCUUUCAGAUUAUGGAAGCUGCGAUGGAUUGUCACUCUCUCAGUUACUUACUCUACAUAAAAGUGAAUUUAUUGGUGAUUAAAUUAAAUAUAUUAACAAGGGUUUAAUGAAGGUUUGAAGCAGUAGAGGCAUCUGGGCAUAAUUAACACUAGGUGAAACAGCUUUGACCACCUCCCCCUACCUUCAAAGAAGAUCCCCAGGAGUACUUCCCUGAAUUAUUUUGAAAUUCCUCAUUAACCCUUUAACUCCCAAGAUCUUAUCAGUAAUUCUCCUUACUGUCUACCAUACAGUUCUUGUGAUUUUAGUUUGGAGAAAUUGGUCUUAGAUCAACUUAUAAUCCCCUGAUUAAUAUUUUUCUUUAUUUGCAUCACUUGUCUGCUUGAUAUUGUAUUGAUGUUGUAAGGAAAAAUUCUGUCUUGGUCACUCAUGGGAGUUUAAGGGUUAGAGAGAUGAAAUUUCCAACUUUUUGGAGCAGAAACUAAAAUACUGUAGUUGCUGAAGAGUCAUCGUUUCUUUAGACUUGGAUAGCAGCAGGGCAAAGCAGUGUUUUUGCUAGUGCCUAGCCAUUACUGAAGCCACUAUCUUAAAGGUUCUGAUGUUAGGUAAAAAGCUGAUGUAGAGUACCAACCUACAUGUAGAACAAACUCCUCAACAAAUGUUGUGAACUGCAUGAACUAAACCCCUACAUGUGACUUA